GCCAGUAAAGUCUGCGUUGACGUUGAAUCAGCAGCUGGGGUUAAAUGAACUAACUGACCACAGGACCCGCUGACGGGCUCUGCUCUGUAAUCAUAGACCAGACCAGCUGCUCCUAAAGUGUGAACAACAUCUUUCCGAGCGGUAGAAAUGUGGUUUUUAUCGUGGUCAGUUCUGCCUCUGCAGCGCCCCCUCUGGCUGUACUCUGCGCGCUGGGGCGCCUCAGGGAAAGAGCAGCAGUUAACGUUCAGUGAGCGCUCGGUUUAUACAAGGGAGCGUUAAUCUGAGUGGGAACUGAAUCGGAUGCGACGCCGGUUAGUGCCGCCGCAGUGAACCCUGGCUGGCCGGCGGCGCAGGCUGCGACCUCGAUGUCAGACCGAAUGGAACCCAUUCAGGGGGACUCGGGUUAUGUCGGAGCAGACCUGCUGAGCAGAUCGUUAGGAGGUGCGCUCACCUGGUCACCGUGACAGCAGAGCUGCUAUGCCGUUUCCUUUCGGUAAAUCUCACAAGUGUCCAGCAGACAUUGUGAAGAAUCUGAAGGAGAGCAUGAUGGUUCUGGAGAAACAUGACAUUUCAGACAAAAAGGCUGAGAAGGCCAAUGAGGAGGUGUCGAAGUCUCUGCUGGCGAUGAAGGAGAUCCUGUACGGUUCCAGUGAGAAGGAGCCUCAGACGGAGGCUGUCGCUCAGCUUGCGCAGGAGCUCUACAACACCGGCCUGCUCACCACACUCAUCACACACCUGCAGCUCAUCGACUUCGAGGGAAAGAAAGAUGUCGCUCAAAUUUUCAAUAAUAUCCUGAGACGGCAGAUCGGAACAAGAACGCCAACAGUGGAAUAUCUGUGCACUCAACAGAACAUCCUGUUCAUGCUGCUCAAAGGGUAUGAGUCUCCGGAGAUCGCGCUGAACUGUGGGAUCAUGCUGAGAGAGUGUAUCCGUCACGAGCCGCUCGCCAAAAUCACACUGUGGUCUGAACAUUUCUACGACUUUUUCAGAUACGUGGAGAUGUCCACCUUCGACAUCGCUUCGGAUGCUUUCGCCACCUUCAAGGAUUUAUUAACGAGGCACAAACUGCUGAGCGCUGAGUUUCUGGAGCAGCAUUACGACAGGUUCUUCACUGAAUACGAGAAGCUCCUGUAUUCAGAGAACUACGUGACCAAGAGACAGUCGCUGAAGCUGCUGGGCGAGCUGCUGCUGGACCGACACAACUUCACUAUAAUGACCAAAUACAUCAGCAAACCAGAAAACCUCAAACUGAUGAUGAACCUGCUGAGAGACAAAAGCCGAAACAUCCAGUUCGAAGCUUUUCACGUCUUCAAGGUAUUUGUGGCCAAUCCGAAUAAAACUCAGCCGAUCCUGGACAUCCUGCUGAAGAAUCAGACCAAACUAAUCGAGUUCCUGAGCAAGUUCCAGAACGAUCGCACUGAGGACGAGCAGUUUAACGAUGAAAAGACCUACUUAAUCAAACAGAUCCGCGAGCUGCGCCGGCCCGGCCCGCAGGACGCCUGAACACACACACACACACACACCAAACAACAUCUGCACGAUGUUCAUCAGGAACAUCUGCACGACAUAGACAGGAACCUGUCAAACACGGCGUGUGUGGAGGAUCACGAGGCUUUGUACAUCGAACAGUCUGCAAGUUUAACAUGUCAGUGUUUUAUACGCAUGUGCUGAACGGAGGAGGAUGAAGGUGACGACAAUGAUGUGACGAUGAUGAUGAUCGCAAUGAUGAUGAUCACGAUGAUGAUGAUGAUGAUCACGAUGAUGAUGAUUAUGAUGAUGGUGACAGUUGACUACUUUGUUUUGUUGUAAAUUAGUGAAUAGUGAUGAGAUGCUGCUGCUUCUAUUGCACAUUAACAAAACUUGUAACACACACACUUGUGUGCUAGUAGAGGAUUGUGUGUGAGAAUUCUGGGUAAAAUGUGACUGAACCUCUUUCACACUGUAAAGCCGGGAUGCUGGGCCUCGUUCUCUAGUGUCUCCCUAAGUUUGUUCUCAGGUGUGUUCUUGAGAAAGGUUCUAAGAAAAAGUCUCCGUCAGAUCCAUGUCGGUUUCUUAAAGCGCAGAACGGUUCUCACCUUUGUGUUCUUGAGUGUGUGUAGAUUCUGUUCUUACCCAAGAACCAACCCCAAAGUAGAGCACAGGGGAGAGCCAGAGUCUUGGUCAGAACUGUGUAUGUGGGUUUAAGAGCGGUUGGUGAACGAAGCUCAUUAUCGGGACUCUUUUAGGCCGGUAACAUUCAGGCCAUACGAUGUUCACACCUGUCGCCUUUAAACUGCGUUUAAUCUGGAUUCACGUGUUCACAUGCUAUUAAAAUCCACUUAAACAGGAAGGCGCGUUCUCAGCUUCAACGGCAACUCGUUUCUGAAUCGUGUACAAGAAUAACUUUAUCCCAGGACUCUCACUCACACACACUCUCUCUCUCUCUCACUCUCACUCUCUCACUCUCACUCUCACUCUCUCUCUCUCUCUCUCUCACUCUCUCUCUCACACUCUCUCUCACUCUCUCUCUCUCACUCUCUCUCUCACUCUCUCUCUCUCUCUCACUCUCACUCUCUCUCUCUCUCUCUCUCUCUCACCUCCGUCUGUAACAUCAUUAGACACUCUGUAGUUUGUAAACGGUAACGAUAAACUAAAAACGCUAUAAAAACAAAACCAGUCUCUGAAACGUUCAGCUUUGCCGCCUGUGAUCUUUUCGGUAACGUAGCAGCUGCUGUCGACUCUGUCGACUCUAACGGUUUAAAUGAUGUUCACGCUGAACCCCUUCCUGUUAAAUUCCUAUCAAAUUUCUGUCAAAUUCCGGUGAAGUGCAUGUGUGAAAGAGGCUUGUGUGUGUUUACAUUAGUUACCUUUUUUUGCCUUGUACUGUAGAUAUUCUGAUGGUAUUUCAUGUACAGAUAUGAUCUAACGGUUAUUAUUUACUAAAAUGCUUCUGAAAAACAUUUAUUCUGUUUUAAAGACAGAAAUCCUGCAGAGUGAA